AUGUCAGAUUCUCUCCCCUCCGCAUCCCAUGACCCCGACUCUAUCGAGCGACAUCCCCCCGCCCACGCCGAAGACCGAAAAGCCGCCGCGGCGCUUUCCUCCCUGCACACCAAUGACAUCGGCGCGGAACCAGGCAAUAAGUCUUCGUCCGCUGAUCAGGAGGCACUGGGGAAAGCGAUGAGCAGGUUGGAGAUUGCGGCGGGUACGGAUGCGGCGGCCAAGACGGUAGACGCCAAGAAGACAGAAGUAGUGACGAAGAAGGCUGUGAAGGUUUCGGCGGAGGAUGUGAAUUUAUUAGUACAGGAGUUGGACUUGAGUAAGAUCAAGGCGACGGAGUUGCUGAAGGCGCACGAUGGUGAUGCGAGGAAAGCAAUCAGGGCCUUCAUUAGCCCUGUUGGAGCGUGA